AUGUCCCUCACAUUAAAACUCUCCUCACUCGCGAUUCGAACUUUGUCAAAACCAAUCGCUAAUCACAUCAAAGCUCAGGCCCGCGAACAUGAACGCUUUCGGAAAGUCUGCGUCGCCAUGGCGCAAGCGCUUCACCGGUUCGAUAUGCGACUCCGGCUAGGUGCUGUCCGUGAUAACGCCGCCUCUCAAAAGCGAGCAGCUGCCGAAGCCGCUCUCAGGAAGCACAAGCCCACAUCUCCCACGGUCAAGACGGAGGCGGAGUCGAAAGCAGAAGAAGACGCCAUCGCAAAAGCCAAAGCGGCCGCCGAGGAGGCCGCGAAACCAGCCCCGAAACCCCACAUCCGACCCCUCUCGGAAUCUAAGGCGAUCGAGUCUGGCGCGACAUUCAUCAGUGAGACAUUCUUAUUCAUUGUGGCAGGUGGCUUAAUUGUAUUCGAAUCGUGGAGGUCCCGACGGAAAGAGAACACCCGAAGAGAGGACGUCGAAAGUCGGUUGGCCGAACUCGAAAAAUCCGAAACAGCCGCCCGAGAAGCUCUUCUGGCUGUGGAGAAAGAGCUUCUAGCACAAAAGGCCAAGCAUGGCGAACUAUCGAAAUCUUCGCCUAGGAUCCUGCCCCGCGAGGUCUGGGACGUCGAGAGACAGGAGGAAACAGAGCAGGUCGAAGAGCAGGGCUGGUGGGCUUGGAUCUCAUCCUAUUUGCCAGUCGGUCAGACUCCAGAGCAGCAAGCAGAAUCAGUCAUCAGGGAAAGUAAGAAGACAAUUUCAAAGGCGCCCAUGCCUGUUAGCGAGGUAGUACCAGCACCGAAUCCUGCCAGCCCUGACCAUAGUUUGGAGUCGAAGAAGGCUUGA